UUAAUAUGGGAUGAGCUUCGUCAUUAAUGUCUUCACUAAACACAAGAUUAAUGGUUUCUUAUUUAUAUUCCCAAAUCUUGGUAGUUGGGAACGCGAUUCCUUGAGCGCUACGGGACUUGUAUUUCCCUGUCAACGUCAUUACUCCAUUCAUUCAUCUGCAGGCUCAGAUUGGAUGAAAACCUAAUUAUGGUUAUGGUAGUGUAGGUAUGAAAACCAGAGAUCUGCUCGGAGGAAAUUCGCAGACGGAAAUUGACCUGGACGUUGGCCUUCCCCCACCACUGCUCUCCUUAUCCGGAUGGGAAAGGCGUCUCGACAUGAAGUCUGGUAAGGUUUAUUAUGGCACCGCAAAUUCUACCGAAUCUUCUUUGCAGGACCUAAAUUUUCCUCCGACUUCCUCUGUUGAUGGAAGGGGGAAGGAGAGGGAGAGGGAGAUGGAGAGGGAGAGGGAAAUGGAGAAGGAGAGGGGAUCAUUGGAGGAACAUGAUUUUAUGGGAGGAAGAGAUGGAGAUGGAGAUGGAGAUGGAGAGGGGAAUUCUGUUGAGGCGCAUCAUCUCCUUCCGAUGGACUCCUCCGAGUGGCAGAGCGUGUGUACCCUGGACAAAGUGAAAAUGGCUCUGCAAAGAGCUCAGAAGCAAAGCGCCAAGCGCAAAGGGGGAGAAGAGGCGGUGCAAAUUUACAAUUCUUGCAAAGAGCAGGUGGAGUGCCCCUCUGCCUCCUCUUUGCUGGCAGCAGGGUGCCCGAGAUGCCUUCUGUAUGUUCUGCUUCCCAAGAGCGACCCUAAGUGCCCUCGCUGUGCUUGCUCCAUUCUCGAUGUUACCACCACCGCCAUCUCCUCUUCUGUUAAAAGAUCUCGCCUUUGCAACACAGAAACUAUCAGAACUCAUGAAUCUGAUAACAACGCUUCUCCGCCUUUUCUCUUCGAUUUAAAUUCGCCUAUUUGACUGCGUUUUUCACAGAAAUUCAACUUUAUUUUUUUAUUCAAUUUAUUUCUUCAAUUCCUGUGAGGAUCUUUAGCCCUGUGCAGAAUAUUAACUUUUAUUUGCUGCUUCUGCAUUUAUUCCAGCGAGGGUAAUGCCCUGAUAAGAAAAUUACAGUGUAUAAAAUAGUAUGAUAAAGAAAUACUUUCCGAAUUCGGUAGA